AUGGUCGACGCCACGUUUUACGUUGCCCCAACAACUCCUUUGAAGAGGUCUUAUGACGAUGAUACAAUUGUCGUCAACCAAGACUCUGCUGUAUUGACGAACACUGCAAUAAAUGAGCAGGACAUUGCCAUACGCCAUGCCUCACCAGCACCCAGCACAAGCAGUUCUCUGACAGACCUUACAGCCAGCGUCGAUGCGCCAGGCUCUGCAAUCAAAAGCUCGCAGACUCCAGUGACGAAGAGGCCGAAACUGAGCUUCGCCGAAAAACAGGCCGAGAAAGCUGCCAAGCAGCGAGAAAAGGACGAAAAAGCUCGUCUAAAAGCCGAGGAAACAGCAAGGAAGGAAGAGGAGAAGCGAAGAUUAGCUGAAGAGAAAGAGAUCUCAAGGAGAGCCAAAGACCUUGAAAAGGCCGAGAAGCAGAAAGUCAAAGAUGCCGGGAAGGCCUUGAAGGAUGCCCAAAAGGCUCAGAAAGCGGCUGAGAAGAAGCAGAAGGAUGCUGAGAAAGAGGCAGAAAGGCUAAGAAAAGAAAGAUCUCAAAUGCGACUUGGUAACUUCUUCAGCAAACCAAAGACAGAAGCUACACCACCAAGCACACCAGAAGACGUCUCAGAUGGUGCCUCAAGCCGACGAUCGUCAGUCGUUAGUAUCGAUGCCGAGAGACCAACAUUCGAGCCCAAAAAGCUCAACCAACCCAGCAAUCCUGAUUAUGAAAAGUUCAUUCUGCCAUUCUUCAUUGCUGACAACACUGAAAUCGCUCCAGCCAACCGUUUCAAACUUGACAGAGAAGUCGUCUUCCAGGUUACAACAGAUUCGGAGGCUACUCAAUUAGACCUAAGGGAACAGUUCGGCAGACCUGUCAAGCGUUUGAGGAAAACCAUUCCUGUCAGAGACAUCAUUCAGAACAUUCAAGCUACAGGACUGGACAUUAUCGAGCUGGAUAGUCCUGCUCUUGAGGCACUGAGUCGAGCCUCUUACAAGUGCUUGCAAUUCAAGGAAGAUGUACGACCACCAUAUCAGGGCACAUAUACUCGAGCAGUCUCGCCACGGACGACGAAGAAACUUAAGAGAAAUCCCUUCACUCGUGCUCUACCAGAAACAAACUACGACUAUGACAGUGAGGCCGAAUGGGAACCACCAGGCGAAGAUGAUGAGGAUCUUGACGAAGAAGACGAAAUGUCUGAUGGUGAAGACGGUUUAGAUGACAUGGCCGAUUUUCUUGAUGAUGCAGAUGAUCUUGCUCGCAAGAAGGGACCAUCGUCAGACAUGGAGCCCGUCUCCAGUGGUCUCUGUUGGGUUGGUGAGACGUUUGACGACAAUGGCACAGACCUUCAGCGAUACCGGAUGGACUUCCUACACGAUUCCACAACCUUUCCUAUUGAUCCAUUUUCCACGAAGCACUGGAGUGAUGAGUCAGGUCAAAAGUUCAGCAUCAAGUCAGAAACGAGUUCAUCAAUGCAGCCUCCACGGCAGCCGCUUUUAUCGAUAUCUCCAAACACCCUUCCGACUAUCAAGGUUGAGGCUGAUAAUAGCAGUAAGCCGACUCUAGCUGCGAAACAAAAGAGAAUCAAUAGCGACAAACAACUGAAGCUCAUUCAGCCAGAUCUGAUGGCAGAUUUCAGAAGAGCUGUUGACGGAAGCGAUCUUACCAAGCUGGGUCUGAUUGAGAUUCUCAAGAAGCAGUUUCCACAAUGUUCGAAAGAAGCAAUCAAGGACACCCUCACGGCAGUGGCCGUCCGGGUUGGCAAAAAGGAGACUGAAAAGAAAUGGCAGCUCGUUGACGAUUCAUGA